GGCGAUCUGCCGAUCCAGCCCAUUAUAACUCCAGGAUGGGGUGUUGCUGGAAUAAUUUUGAUGCUCACCGGUCUCGUUUAUACCCUUGUAGGCAUUAAUAAUCAGUGGAUUAAUUGCUUCUUCUCGUCGGCCUUUAUCACUGCACUCGGAAUCUCGGUUCUUAUCGUCUGCACCAUGAAUGUCCCAGUCAGCCUGGGCAUUCAGGGAGCAUAUGUUGUUGCCAUCGCCUUGUCUGGUUGUGCUCUAGGCGCAGCAUCGCUGAUCUUCAAGGAGUCGACUGAAGGUUUGGGGUGUGCUCUGGGCGGCUUUAGUCUCAGCAUGUGGUUUCUUUGUUUGGCGUCGGGAGGCUUGCUACAUGAUACGAUCGGUAGAGCUAUCUUCAUUUCUUGCUUUUCUGUCCUUGGAUUUGGCUUUUAUUUCAGUCGCUAUACUCGGUAUUGGGCCACGAUUAUCCUAAUGUCUUUUGGAGGCGCGACGGUAAUCGUGCUGGGCAUUGACUGCUAUAGCAGAGUCGGGCUGAAAGAAUUCUGGGCCUACGUAUGGAAUCUCAACGAUAACCUAUUCCCCCUUGGUGCGGACACCUAUCUCAUCACAAGAGGCAUGCGAGUUGAGAUCGCA